AUGAAUCUAAUUCAGUUGUCUGUUUUGACUAUCAUUUUACUAAACGCUGACUUCACUUUUGGUCAGUUCCACUGCCCGCCUGAAGGUAUCUACGCUUACGAGCACCCGAAGGCAUGUGAACAGUACUACCUGUGCACUAAUGGCACUCUAACGCACGAAUUCUGUCCUAACGGGUUGGCGCACGCCAUUGACGGCGCUGUCUAUGGCUUCUGUGUCCAUCAGUGGAAAGUCGACUGCAAAGACAGACUCCUUCCCGAUCCCAUAUCAACACAUGGCUGUCCCUACCAGUUCGGUAUAUUCAAUGAGGGCGAUCCUAAUCUGUGUAAUGUAUUCUAUUCGGAGUGUUUGUGGGGAAUACCGGAGCGCAAAGAGUGUCAAAAGGGUCUGUUUUAUGACGAGCGCAUAAAGGGGUGCAAUUGGCCCGACAAAGUUGGCUGCAGUUCCGAAAACCUGUUGGGCUUCUCGUGUCCGCACGAAGAUAAGGCCAAUAAGUACUACCCGUUCCCGCGAUACUUCUACAACAACCACGCUAUCAUCACGUGUGUCGACAAUCAGCCCCGACUUAUCAACUGCGGUGAUGAAGAAGUGGUAGACUCGCACGCCUUGACCUGUCAGGCCGUUCAUAAAGAGGAGACCCUCUCGAAGCCACGAUUGUUGGCACCAAUUCUGAUUCUUGGAUAUUUCAACUGCGGUGAUGAAGAAGUGGUAGACUCGCACGCCUUGACCUGUCAGGCCGUUCAUAAAGAGGAGACCCUCUCGAAGCCACGAUUGUUGGCACCAAUUCGUCGAUUCAACGUAUCAUUAGUAUCAGGUGCUGACGAUGACGAGGACGGAUCUGUGGAUGGAGUUCCAUGUAUAGAUAAUGGUAAAUUUUAUCGUAAUCCCAAUGCAAUUGGCGUUAGAGACUGUGCGAAGUACUAUUGGUGCCCCCGACAGAAAGUGCUGGAAUUCCGGUGUAGUGCCGGUCUUUGGUUUGAUGUCGACCGACAGAUCUGUGACUUUAAGUUAAAGAUUGAUAAUUGCGAGAAAUCUCACGAUGCCAGUACUCCCCGUCCACUGCUCGCCACCGAAGAGCCCAUAUGUCCGAGCGGUCAACUGGCCUGCGCUGACAGGAAGUGC